ACACGUCUUUACUCUUUUAUAGGUUAUUGUAUGGUUAUCCGUUGUGUUUGAAGCCGAAGUGUAUCAACAAAUUAUACAGCAAAUAUAAUAAAAAUGUCAGAUAGCAGCGACAGCGAGGAAGACAGGAAAGCGAGGGAUGAGUUUGCAGCAAGAUUGCGUAAGAAGGAUAAGGAAAACACAAGGAACAUCACUGUUCGAUCAGAUAAAAAGGCAUAUGAAGAAGCUGCAAAGAGGCUUAAAAUUGAGACUGCCAGUCAGGACAAACUCAUCCCAAGGCUUCGUGUCGAGUCCCGUCGUAAAUACCUUGAGAAAAGAAAGGACGACAAGGUCCUUGAGCUCGAAGCGGAUAUUAUCGAUGAUGAAUAUCUUUUUGCUGAAGAAGAACUUACAGAAAAAGAAAAGAAAGACAGAGAGCAUAAAAAGAAACUGCUGUCUCUUGCCAAGGAACAUGAAAAAGCGAGGGAAUUAGAGAGGGUGCAGAGAUACCAUAUGCCCAGAGAUGUUAAAGAAGGUGUUGGUGAAUAUGAAGAGGUGGAUGAAAGGGAAAAAAAGCCUAAUUAUGAGCAGAAAAAGUGGGAAGAAGAGCAGAUGUCUUCUGCCAUGUUCCAUUUUGGUGCAAAGCAAAAGGACAGUGAUAAACAAGAAGAAUAUGACCUUUUGCUUGAUGGGCAAAUUGAAUUCAUUCAAGCUUUGAGCUUACCAGGAACGAAAGAUAAGCCAGAAGAGAAAGUGACAGAAGCGCAGAUCAAGCGCAUGACCAUCGAGGAAACCCAGAAAAGUCUGCCUGUGUACAAGUUCAGGGACGACCUGAUCCAAGCAAUCAAGGAUCACCAGGUUUUAAUCGUAGAAGGAGAAACAGGGUCGGGAAAAACAACUCAGAUUCCUCAAUACCUUUAUCAAGCCGGGUUCACUGAUGAAGGGAAAAAAAUAGGCUGCACUCAGCCUAGAAGAGUGGCGGCUAUGUCAGUUGCGGCUAGAGUUGCUGAAGAAAUGUCAGUUAAACUUGGAAACGAGGUUGGGUAUAGCAUUCGAUUUGAAGAUUGUACUUCAGAAAGAACAAUAAUUAAGUAUAUGACUGAUGGUACCCUCCACAGAGAAUUUCUGUCUGAACCUGACCUUCAGACUUACAGUGUAAUGAUAAUCGACGAGGCGCAUGAAAGGACACUUCACACUGACAUAUUAUUUGGCCUGGUCAAAGACAUUGCCAGGUUCAGGCCUGACCUCAAGCUGCUCAUCUCCUCCGCCACCCUCGAUGCCGAAAAGUUUUCAUCCUUUUUCGACGACGCGCCAAUUUUCAGAAUACCUGGAAGGCGGUUUCCGGUCGACAUAUACUACACAAAAGCCCCGGAGGCGGACUACAUCGACGCCUGUGUAGUUUCCAUACUUCAGAUCCAUGCCACUCAACCUCUUGGUGACAUAUUGGUGUUUUUGACUGGCCAGGAGGAAAUCGAAACCUGCCAGGAAAUCCUUCAAGACAGGGUGAGGAGGCUGGGCAGCAGGAUAAAAGAACUUCUUAUCUUACCUGUCUACUCAAACUUACCUUCAGACAUGCAGGCCAAAAUUUUUGAACCAACUCCUCCCAAUGCAAGAAAAGUAGUAUUAGCAACCAAUAUUGCAGAAACUUCAUUAACUAUUGACAAUAUAAUCUAUGUUAUUGAUCCUGGCUUUUGUAAGCAAAAUAAUUUUAAUUCUAGAACUGGAAUGGAAUCUCUUAUUGUAGUGCCUGUUUCAAAAGCAUCGGCAAAUCAAAGGGCAGGAAGAGCUGGAAGAGUUGCUGCGGGUAAAUGUUUCCGACUUUACACAGCAUGGGCUUAUAAACAUGAACUGGAAGACGACACCGUACCUGAAAUUCAGAGGAUGAAUCUCGGCAAUGUUGUUUUGAUGCUCAAAGCCCUCGGAAUCAAUGAUUUGGUUCACUUUGACUUCCUCGAUCCACCACCUCAUGAAACGCUGGUGCUUGCAUUGGAACAACUUUACGCGUUGGGUGCUUUAAACCACCAUGGAGAACUUACAAAACUAGGGAGGAGAAUGGCUGAAUUCCCAUUGGAUCCAAUGAUGGGGAAAAUGUUACUUGCAUCAGAAAAGUAUAAAUGCAGUGAGGAGAUUGUUAGCAUUGCAGCUAUGCUGUCAGUCAAUGGUGCCAUCUUUUACAGACCGAAGGACAAACUGGUUCAUGCCGAUACAGCCAGAAAGAACUUCUUCCUACCAGGUGGUGACCAUCUCGUUCUUUGCAAUGUUUACAAGCAAUGGGCAGAUACGGAUUUCAGCACUCAGUGGUGUUACGAGAAUUAUAUACAGUACAGAUCGAUGAAAAGAGCCAGGGAUGUCAGAGAGCAGCUUAUAGGGCUUAUGCAAAGGGUCGAAAUGGACCUCGUCUCUAAUCCGACUGAUACGAUCGCGAUUAGAAAGUCAAUAACGGCAGGUUAUUUCUACCACAUCGCUCGGCUGUCGAAGGGAGGAAAUUAUAAAACGGUCAAGCACAACCAAACAGUCAUGAUCCAUCCGAAUUCGGCUUUGUUCGAAGACUUACCACGAUGGGUCGUCUACUACGAGUUAGUCUUCACUACUAAAGAAUACAUGAGGCAGGUGACUGAGAUAGAAAGCAAGUGGUUGUUGGAAGUAGCACCGCAUUAUUACAAACAAAAAGAACUCGAAGACUCAACAAACAUGAAGAUGCCUAAAGUCAUUGGAAAAACAAGAGCUGAACUUGGAGCUUUUUAGACAAAAAUUUUCACUUAGUGUUUUUUAAUUGUUAACCUGUAUAUAUGUAAAUAUUGUAUAUUUUUCUACAA